AUGUACUUUCAGGUGAAAAAUUUUACGGUGAAUCCGCUUUGUAAAAACCAAGUUAUUACUGCGGUGAAUGACAGUUUUCCGGGGCCAAAUAUUGAAGUCUGUGAGGGGGAUACGCUCGUGGUCAAUGUUAUCAACAAUUCGCCUUACAAUAUAACUAUCCAUUGGCAUGGGGUAUUUCAAAUGCUGAGUGGGUGGGCUGAUGGGCCGGAGUAUGCAACCCAAUGCCCGAUCCGACCCGGAAACAGCUACACGUACAAAUUUAACAUUACCCGACAAGAGGGAACUCUUUGGUGGCAUGCACACAGCCAAUGGCUUCGGGCGACUGUAUAUGGAGCCCUAAUAAUCCGACCCAGAUACGGAAGAUCCUACCCGUUCCCAAAACCCGCUAAAGAAUUCCCAAUCCUCCUUGGGGAAUGGUGGAAUUCUAAUGUUGUUGACGUGGAGAACCAAGCCAUAAGUACAGGUGGCGCACCCAAUAUUUCAGAUGCUUAUACAAUCAACGGUCAACCCGGAGACCUCUACUCAUGCCCUUCAACUAGCACAUUUAAGUUAAAUGUGGUACGCGGUAAAACUUAUCUCCUCCGAAUAAUCAACGCUGCGCUGAACAACCAACUAUUCUUCAAAAUUGCCAGCCACAACAUGACGGUCGUCGCUGUCGACGCUGCCUACACGAACCCCUACACAACCGACGUUAUCGUGUUGGCUCCGGGCCAGACGACCGAUGUACUCCUCACGGCCGACCAAAGCUCGGCCCGCUACUACAUGGCUGGCCAUCCCUAUAUAAGCGUGGCCAACGUCACUUUCGACAACACAACAACCACCGGAAUCAUAGAAUACGAUAAUGUGCCUUCCACGUCAUCCCAGCCCAUCAUGCCUGACCUCCCGACCUUCAACGAUACUCCCACGACCCACAAAUUUUUCACCAACCUAACCGCGCUAACCACAAGCCCGUUCUGGGUCACGGUCCCGAACCAGGUCGAUGAGAAAAUGUUCGUGACCGUGGGCUUGGGCCUCUCGGCUUGCGACAGGCCCGGGAACGCGACUUGUCAAGGCCUGCUCGGGCAAAAAUUCGCCGCUAGCAUGAAUAACGAGUCCUUCCAAUUUUCGAAAAGGUUGUCGAUGCUCGAGGCCUUUUUUAGGGGCGUCGAUGGAUUGUACACCACGGAUUUUCCCGAUAAUCCACCUGUGAUAUUCGACUACACGAACGCGAACAACUCGUUGAACCAAGCGCUAUUGAUGACGGAAAAGUCGACUAAGGUGAAGAAGCUCAAGUUCAAUUCGACUGUCGAGAUGGUUCUGCAGAACACGGCGCUGAUCGGAAUCGAAAAUCACCCUAUACAUUUGCACGGGUUCAAUUUCUACGUGUUGGCUCAAGGGUUCGGCAAUUACAAUGCGGCUGUCGAUAGAAAAAAGUACAAUACUCAGAAUCCACAAGAACGUAACACAAUCGCCGUCCCUGUCGGAGGGUGGGCCGUAAUUAGAUUCCGCGCGAACAAUCCAGGUGUGUGGUUGAUGCAUUGUCAUCUAGACGUGCACUUGCCGUGGGGUUUAGCGACGGCUUUCGUGGUGGAGAACGGGCCAACGCCGGCAACUACGCUGCCGGCACCACCACCAGAUUUUCCGAAAUGCUAA